UCUCUGACUCAUACUCGGUACCAACCACAGUUAAAGCUGGCACAGGCAUCCCUCUCUGCCCGCCCGAACACUCCAUCUACCAACGCGGUUAGACAAUUAUCGUCCUUGGUCAAGGCAGCGCCCCUAUCGGUGAGCAUCGGGCAAGUUCGUGAAUGGCAAGCCAGCGACGUGGAGGAACUUCGACGCCCGUAUCUGCCUUGCCUCGCUCUUCUUCUUCCAAAGCAUCAGUUUGGCGCCGGCAGAUUCUCACCACUCUCCUUUGCUCUCUCUGUGUUGCACUUGGUGCCUUUCUCUUUGUCGCCCCUCAGAAGUCCUUAGACAAAGCCACCCAACCCAAUCUGGAACGACUUAGACGCAUUCUCGGACACCUGCGCUCCGCUUCGACACUCUCUGCCACCGAAAGAACCUCUCAGCAGCCAGUCAAUCUGCCAACAAUGACCGACUACUCUGAAUUCAAGCUGCCAGCCACGGUGGUCCCAUCCCACUAUGACCUCCUCAUUCACUCCGACCUCAAAGCACUUCGCUUCUCGGGCGUUGUCACCACCACGCUCAAGGUGACAGACCCCAAGGGCAUCAGUGAGCUCACCUUCAAUGCUGGGCCAAAGAUGAAGUUCGGAAAGGCAAUUGUGACCUGCGAACAGCUCAAGACAGAGACCAAGCAGAGCAUUGACCAAGUCAGCACCGAUAGCAAGAAGGAGAGGGCGACUGUCAAGCUGGCCACUCCUCUGCCAUCAGGAGCCGAGGCCAAGCUAACCGUCGCCUUUGAGUCUGAGAUCGAUGAUAGUAUGAUGGGCUACUACUAUGCCACCUCAGAGCAUGAGGGCAAGAAGAUCAUCUCAGCCCUGACUCAAUUUGAGCCCACGUCCCAGAGGCGAGCCUUCCCUGGUUGGGAUGAGCCUGCACUCAAGGUGACAGUCAGCUUCAAGAUGAUUCACCGCAAGGAGAACGUUGCACUGGCCAACAUGCCCGUUGAGAAGGAGACUGACGUUGCGCAUGAUGACAUCGAAAAGCUGCUUCGAGUGAGCGAGUUCGGAGUCCAGGCGCCAUACCACUCUCAGUAUACCUCUUCAAAGCCUGCUCUCAAGACCGAGGGAAAGACUGAGAUCAAGUCUACUGCUGAUGAAGCUUCCAACAAUUGGGUGCUGACAGAAUAUGGCAUCACCCCCAAGCUGUCCACAUACCUCAUUGCUUGGGCGGAGGGUCCGUUCAGCAAGCUCAGCUCGAGCAUCAAGAGUCCGCACAGCGGUCGAGAGAUUGGCAUCAACGUCUAUGCCACCGAGGACUUCAUCAAGCAAGCCCAAUACACCGUCGAGGUCACCAAGAAGGUCUUGCCAGUGUACGAGCAGGUAUUCGACAUUGAGUACCCUCUCCCCAAGCUCGACACCCUUGUCGCUGCGGACUUCGAUGCAGGUGCGAUGGAGAAUUGGGGUCUCAUCACUGGUAGAACUUCGGUCUACCUGUACGACCCCGAGAAGAGUGGCCUCAAGGGACAGAAGCAAACUGCCGCCGUACAGUCCCACGAAGUCGCCCACCAAUGGUUCGGCAACAGGACCACGAUGAAGUUCUGGGACUGCUUGUGGCUCAACGAGGCCUUUGCCACUCUCAUGGGCGAGGUAGUCAUCCUCGACAGGUGCUUCCCUGAGUGGGAGUCUGCAUCCGAAUUCAUCCACUCUCAUCUCCAACUCGCUCUCGACCUGGAUUCGAAGCGCUCCUCUCACCCCAUCGAGGUACCUCUCAGUACCGAGACUGGCGAUCUGGAGAGCGCCAUCAACCAAAUCUUCGACGCCAUCAGUUACUCCAAGGGCGCGUCCGUCCUGCGAAUGCUGUCGCAGAUGGUCGGCGAGGACGUCUUCUUGAAGGGAGUCAGCUUGUACCUCAAGAAGCACGCCUACGGCAAUGCUCAGACCGAGGACCUUUGGGAGGGCAUCAGUAAGUCUUCUGGCCAGGAUAUCAACAAGAUCAUGCACAAGUGGAUUCUGCAGCAGGGCUUCCCGGUCCUCUCCAUCCAGGAGGGCACUAAUUCGAUCAAGGUCACACAGAACCGAUUCUUGAGCACUGGCGAUGUCAAGCCGGAAGAGGAUGAGACGCUGUGGUACAUCCCACUUGCUCUCAAGACCGUUGGCAACAAUGGUGCCGAGGUUGACCAGUCUGCAGUCCUCGCUGAGAAGCGUGAGAUCGAGUUGCCCAUCAAGGACGUCAAGAACUCCAUCUGGAAGCUCAAUGCCGACACGACGGGAGUGUACCGAGUUGCGUACUCGCCUGAGCACCUUGCCAAGCUGGGCAAAGAGGCUGCCAACAAAUCCGGUGUCUUUUCUCUCGAAGACAGGAUCGGUCUCGUCUCCGACGCCUUUGUGCUCGCAGAAGCUGGAUACGGAAAGACGUCUGGAGGUCUCGACUUGCUCAAGGGCUUCAACCUCGGCGAUGACCGCUACCUUGUGAAUGCCGCUGCUGCUUCCCACCUCGCCUCUAUCACCAGCGUCUGGUGGGAGCAGCCACAGGAACUUCAGGACGCUCUAGAUGCUUUCCGAGCGGACAUGUUUGGCCCCACUGUCAAGAAGCUGGGCUUUGACUUCCCCAAGACUGACUCGCCGGACAUGGUUCAGCUGCGAGCAGAGGUCAUCAGGGCUGCUGCAGCAGCAUCGGACGAGUACACCUUGAGCGAGAUCAAGCGCCGCUUUGCCCCUCUGAUGGAGAAGGGCGACGACAGUCUCAUCCCUGCAGACAUCAUGCGAACCGUCUUCUCCCAGGCGGUGAAGCAUGGAGGUGAAAAGGAAUUCGAAACUGUCCUCGCCGUCUACAGGAAGCCCGAGACGCCCGACCACCAGCAGGCAGCACUGCUGGGUAUGUCUCAGACACGCGACCCGAAGCUUCUGGAUCGCUACAUCAAGUGGGCCUUUGAGUCCAGUGAGGUCAAGCUUCAGAACUUCAUGUACCCUGUCGCUGGACUUUCCAUGAACCCUCUGAGCCGACGAAGGCUGUUCGAGGAGAUGACUACCCGAUACGAAGAGAUCCUGAAGCGAUUCGAGGGCAACUUCAGCUUGGGCAGGAUCUUCCAGUACUCCCUCAGCGGUUUCACGACCAAGAAGGACCUCGAGGCCGUCGAGGCCUUCUUCAAGGACAAGGACACUGGAAAGUACUCGAGCUCGCUGAAGCAGGGUCUGGACUCGGUAAGGGCCAAUACUGCUUGGUUGGAGAGGGAUGCUGCAGAUGUCGAGGCAUGGCUUAAGGCAAACAACUACCUCAAGUGAGGCGGGAUGAAACGGGGACAUGAGGCGCGGAGCGUCCGGAAACAUGGGUUCUCAAUGGGAAUGUGUGG